AAAUAUGUGGAUGAGAAAUGCAAACGAUUUUCUAUAAAAAAAAAUAACAAGAAAGGCUGAUACAUAAUUUAUAGGAUUUUCAAUAGAUGCCACAACAAAAAAAAAAGACAGCAUCAUGACAUCAGUAACUGAGAAAGCCGUAUGCUUAAAGCUAGUAGAAUUUAGUGUGAUGGACAACACGGAGAAAUCGGCUAAGACCUUUGCAGAAGAUAUGCUCUCGAAUAUGGAUCUCUUUUGGGGUGGAAAACUGGUGGACGGCCUUCUGGGCUAUUUGAAGCACCCAACGUUUUUGAGGCAGCCCCGUCAAUGUGUGAGGUCCUUGAGGGUCCUCCAUGGUAUGACCAACCACUGCACCAAAGAGGACUUAAGCCGUCUGGCUUUGGGUACGAAUAUCCUUGAUUUACUAAAAGAUAUCCUGGAAACCCCGAACACCAGAGAACUGAUUGUGCGCACCUCGCUGGAUUUGAUCAGCACUCUAGUUCUUUCUGGUUGGCAAACUCGUGAUGCCAUUAUCGAAUCGGGAGUUCUCGAGGCACUGCUCAAGCUCAUGAAUCCCCACCGAAAGGACCCACGAAAGUACAAGGCCUUGCUGGCUCAGAUACUAUGGUUGCUCUAUCAGAUGCUUGGCUACAAAGUGCCGGGUCCCAAGAAGGUUGCUCUCGUUGCAAUAGCCGUAGCCCUGGAGAAACGCCUGCUGCCCAAUAGAGAUGUGAAUGUAAUCCUGCCCCUUCUAGGACUGGCUCGUCUUAUCUCGGAAUACAACUCGGUGACGAUGCCAGCAAUGAUUCACUCGGGUCUCUUUGGAAGAGUGGCUCCUUUCGUCCUGAGUCCUGUGACGGAGAUCAAGCGGGAAGCCAUCUUCGUGCUGGCCAACACCUGUUUCCAGGAUCCCAAGAGAAGAAAGGUUUCACUGUAUAGGUUUCCCAAGAUGAUUAUUCUCUAUAUCAACGAUAUGUUUCUUUCGGGAACCGUGGAAAUACGCGUCCUGAUCCAUCAGCUGCUGGGUGUUAUCAUCGAUAGUCGGUGCACUAGGACGGAAAUGAUGCUGCGCCUCAUCCCAAAGGUGAUUUGGUGUGCCAGUAACAGGGAACCGGAGUUGGAAGUCCGACGGGCAGCUGGAUGGACCCUGGCCAGCCUGGCUAUGUACUUGCAGCCCAGAGACAUUUCACUUUUUAUCAAGUUCGGUGGCUAUCAUGUGCUCUGCCAGGUGCUGCACAGCGAUCCACCGGUCCAACUUUUGCAAAACAUCCUGUCUGUUUUUGUAAGGCUCGUCAAAUCCUAUCCCGCCAUGAAGACCUUUUUUAUAAGUUUGUUGCGGCACUGCGGUGCUUGGCUAAUUCUUCAGAAGUUGAGGGAUAGUAAGAACGCAGCACUCAAGAGGUUAGCCAAUGUACUGUGCCCUUAUGGAGAUGUGUGGUGUUGAGUGGAUGAGUUAGUUACGAAACAAGAUACUUUUCCAAAUUUUGCAUUCCAUACUGUUAAUAUUUUUUUAUCCUUUAAAUACAUUAGUUUCAUUUU